AGCAUUCGCGCACUCUGCAGAAGUUGAAGCCUGACCGUGUGUACCGGUCGACCGUACGAGCUCAGUUUUUCGUGACGUUAUUUUAAAAAUUUUUUUUCAUUUUCCGACGCUUGCGAAGCACUCGUACGAAAAUUCUACCCUACAAAGUUUUGAUAAUUAAACUGUUCGGUCGACGUCGACGACGGGUCGAACGGUAACGAAUCGACGAUAUCUUUCGUUUUAACGAGGAGUCGAAAAUAUUGCAAGAGACACGACCACGACAAGCACCGAAUCAUCAUGACACUCUCAUUGUUCCCGUCGAGAUUCCCGAGCGACUUCGAUGAAGUUCGUAUCUUCGACGACAAACUCGACGAUCUCGAAAUCAUGAGGAAGAUCAUUGCACUGGAGAAUCUCGAGGAUCCUUUCCACUUGUUCGACGUUGCGGAUCUUGUUAGCAAGCACAAAACUUGGAUCGAGAGAAUACCUCGGGUCGUCCCUCAUUAUGCUGUGAAAUGCAACCCCAAUCCAACUGUCAUUAAAACUCUGGCUGCUCUGGGCGCUAGCUUUGAUUGCGCGUCGAAGCAAGAGAUCGUCAACGUGAUGGCAUAUGGAGUGCCGGCCAACAAGAUUAUCUUUGCCAAUCCAGUAAAAACUCCGUCUCAGAUUCUGUACGCCAGAAAAAUUGGAGUUGCUAGGAUGACGGUCGACAGUAUGUGGGAACUGAGAAAAAUUAAAGAACUAUAUCCGGAAGCCAAAAUAAUCAUCCGUUUCCGGAACGACGCAGCCGUGUCGGACGUCUACCUCGGCACCAAAUUUGGUUGCGAUCCGGGCGAGGAGGCAGUACGCCUGAUCCGCGGCUGCCGCGACCUCGGCCUCGAGCUUCACGGUUUCAGCUUCCACGUGGGCAGCCCGUGCGGCGAGGUGACUGCACUUAGCCGCGGCAUUGGCAUCUGCAAAUAUCUCAUCGACGUGGCCCACUCGUACGGCCUGUACGACGUGCAACUAAUCGACAUCGGCGGCGGGAUACCCGGCGACAGCGAGUUUCUCAUCGACGAGUUCGCAGACGUUAUCAACGAAGCUCUGCGGGAUAUUGAUCCGUCAAUUCGUGUGAUCAGUGAGCCUGGCCAGUAUUACGUGUGCUCAGCAUUCAAGGCUGUUGCCUUCUUGCACGGCAAGAGGAUCGUCGUUGAUAAAGGCUGCAAGAAGCGCAUGUACUACGUGAACGACGGCGUGAACGGAUCGUUCUGGGACGAACUCGUUAUGAUGAAGGCCAGAUUGCCGAAAGUUCUGAACAAGCCACACGCGGAGAACGAGAAGAAGCACUUAUCGACUCUUUGGGGACCAACGUGCGACUCGUACGACUGCAUCGCCAAGGAUGUUAUGCUGCCGGAACUUGAAAUCGGCGACUGGCUUUACUGGAAGGACAUGGGCGCGUACACUACCUGCCUCUCUACCAACUUUAAUGGCUUUACGCCUCCCGUAGUCUAUCCGAUAAUGAGGAGGAGCGCAUGGAACUCAUUUCUUGCCGAGAUUCACAAAGAUGAUGACAAACCAGUAGUAUUAACGCAAAUCGAUGAAAAUGGUAAUCUCAACUAUGGUAGCCGCGGUGACAAGUGUGAUAGUAAUUCAAAUUACGUGUAGACACGCUUCCAAAAGUGUCUUUUACAAACUCUGAUGGCCAUUGUAUUGCCAUACUGCUGAUGGAAUAAAUGGCUCGUUCAAAUGCUACACAUCGGAUUUGCAAACAUGGUAUUAUCAGAAAUACUAUUUAUAUUUUUGAUCUUACUG